AUGUCUGAUUCAAAGGAAGAGAAAGCACAGGUUGCAGCUGACAGGAUCAAGGCCGCAGCACUCACCGCUGCGAAAGGUCUGAGCCGUACGCAAGCUGAGCGAGCAGCGGCUGCAGCAGCAAGGAACGUCAACGCUUACGGUCAAAAGGAAGAAGGUCCAAGCAGAUGGCAAGAGAAAAGGGAAGCAAAGAGGCAGAUGUAUCUGAUGAGUACCGAGAAAGCAGUCAGGCUCGGGGAAAGGAAAGACAAGCCAGUGUCAGCAGCAAUCGUUGGAGGCAGCAGCUCCGCGGCUUCACAGUGCCAGAAAUGUUUCCAGACUGGUCACUGGACUUACGAGUGCAAGAACGAACGGGUUUACGUCUCGAGGCCUUCGAGGACGCAGCAGCUUAAGAACCCUAAACUGAGAAUGAAGCCUUUUGGUGGUGAUGAUGAUAUUGUUGAUGAUGGUGAUGUUGACGAUGAUGUGAAGGUAGUUGCAGGGAAUGGGAAAGGAGAAGGUGAGAGGAGGGCAAAGAAGAGCAAGAGAAAGCACAGGUCAAAGUCUGAAUCUGGUAGUGACAGUGAAGCCUCUGUGUUUGAGAGUAGCGGCUCUGAAUCGUCUGGAGAGAGUAGUUCGGAGUAUAGUUCGUCGUCGGAGUCGGAGGAGGAGAGGAGGAGGAGGAGGAAUAAGAAGAAGAAGAGCAGCAAGAAGCAGAAGAAGAGCAAGGAAAGGCGAAGAAGAUACAGCUCUUCUUCAUCUGAGUCGUCUGAGUCGGAAUCAGGUUCGGACUCGGAAUCUGAUGAUGACAGGAGGAGUAGAAAGAAGAAGAGCAAGAGGCACAGCAACAAACGUCGUUAA